AUGGUUUUAGAAAAUUUAAAUGCCCGAAAUUUCGGCCUCAUAAACCGACGCCGCGAAAUACGCUUGAUCGUCGACCGUCGCUACAGCCCGGCGAGACGGAGACCGCUGCAGCCUGCAGAUGUUACUGUACAGCAGCACCCCCUGCUGGCUGCAGCUGCCGCCCCCCGGUCUAUAGUCAAUUCCCAGAUAGAAAAAAUUAAAGUUGUUGAUUCCUUCGAUGAUUGGGAAGAAGUUGCCGAUGAAUUUAAGAAAUCAUGUGAAUUACAUCCAUUUUUGGGAUUGGAUUGUGAAUGGGUGACUGAAAAUGGCAUUCGUCGACCCAUUGCCCUGUUACAAAUUGCAAAUCAUAAUGGCGUUUGUGCCUUAAUAAGAUUGUUUAAAUUAAAAGUCGUUCCUUCAUCAUUAUUGACAAUUCUGAGAGAUGAGGAAAUUGUGAAAUUCGGUGUAGGCAUUUCAAAAGAUGCCCAAUUCAUUAUGAAUGAUUACAACAUUCAACUAUGUGGAUGUGUCGAAUUAGGUCUUAUUGCAAAAAAACAUGGUGUAUACGAAAAUAGUUUGGGCGCUCUGGCACAAAAAACUCUUGGCGUGGUUUUAGACAAGGAUUGGCGUGUACGUGCAAGUUACUGGGAAGCAGAAACGCUGAGUGAAAGGCAAAUUGAGUAUGCAGCAAUGGACGCAUUUGUUGCGUUGAGGAUUUUUGAACAGCUAAUUUAUCCAUCAUAUCCUAGCGUGAGAACUAAUCUCGCAUCAAAAUCCGUGUCCGACAGUAUUCCUGCUGUAACUUCAUCCGUGAUUAAGUGUAUGGGCUGCGGUCUCAACGCUAAAAAAGGUUUAUCCCCCGAUUUUCAUUUAUGCUGGCUUUGUCUUUAUAAAUUGGCAAAAGGUGAACAAAUUUUGAAGGUUUAGGAAAAAAUAAAAAUAAAAUGUUGAAAUAAUAGAUUAGCUAAAUCUAUUUAAAUUUUGAAAUUUAGUAAAAAUUACUACAUUAUCUGAUUGUUUUACACAAUCACUAAUUUUUCAAUAUUAAAUGUAGUUUUUUUUCAUUUGUAAAUAAAAAACUGUAAAUAUUUUAAAAUGUGCACUUGACUAAAAGAAAAAAACCAGUAUGGUAUAUAUACAUAUAUACAA